UUUUAUACCAUCCCCCAACAAUGAUGGCAGCCAAGCUGGACAUUGCCGCAAAUGUGAUUGCUGAAAACUUGGGUCGUAACUGGCGUAGAUUAGGACGACAGCUGGGUCUGACCGAAACUAAACUGGAUUCCGUCUCAACGAGACAUCCGAACGAUUUGGACGAGACUGCCAGAGAGCUGCUGAAGGAAUGGCGCAAGAAUCGUGGAUCCGAAGUCUGCGUUAAAGACUUAGUUAGGGCUCUCAGGGCAUGCCACCAAAAUCUCACAGCUGAUAAAGUGGAGGAUGCCUGGAUGAUACCUCAAUAGAGAACCAAUGACAUAUUAAUAUUUAACCCAUGUAUAUAAUGCAGCAGAUUUGUGGUCAUUUAGAAUAUGUAUUAAGAUAUA